AUGGAGGCCUUUGCCAAGGCCAAGAAUGCAAAUGUGGUUGCAUUCCUUGAUUCGCUCAGCACACCCCAGAGACAGGCCCUCUGGCAAAGGUUCAGUGCAGCCAGAAAUGCACUGAAGGAUGAGAAUGCAGACCAACUGUGGUCUGACCUGGCCAAGGGGAAAGGGUCUGACCUUCACAAGAAAGCAUUGCUGCAAUGCUUUCUGAAGCUGGGUGGGGACCUCAAGAGCAAGAAGGAGGUCUACAUGAAGGAGCUGGUUUCCUACUGUAAGGUGCAUGGCCACACCAGCUCUGAGGAAUGGGUCCCCUUUGCCACAGUGUUGAAGCACUAUGGACUGGCUGAAGCAAUGUGCACAGGGGGACCAUCCUCUGCAGAAAAGACCCUGAAGAUGAAUGUGAAUGGCAGUUCUGCUUCAAAAAAAAGCUUGAAUGGACUUUUGGCAGAGGUGACUGGCAAGGGCUUGCCAGCCCUCAUGGACAAGGAGAGGGGGUCAGCUGCAGGAAGUGAACAGGACCAGGACAAUGCUGUUGUGGAGGCAGACCUCCUCUCUGACAUGGGUGGUAAGCUGGUCAAGGAAGAGGCCAAAACCAGGCUGAACAGGAUGGUGAAACUCCUUCAGACAGUGAAGGGGGAAGUUGGUGCAGAGAAGGGGAAGCCAUUGGACAAGGCCCUCACUGACCUGAAGAAGCUCUUGAAGCAAGGGGGCAAGAUGACCAUGGACCAGGCCAAGCAGCAUCUCUUUGAUGCAGCCUUGGAGAUCAAGAAGGUGAAGAAAGCUAAGUAA